CACUUGAACGAUCCACACACAAUCUGUUCAGUCGGCAUCGCGCUAUUAUUCUGUCGUCAUUGCGAGAACUUGGAUACUAUCGCAAUUUGAGGAAAAUGAUAGUCGCGACAAUAGUCGAUAUAAAUGUGCAAGAUAUAAGAUUUCCGACAUCUGAAAACAAGGAUGGAAGCGAUGCAAUGCAUACUGAUCCAGAUUACUCUUGCGCAUACGUAACAAUUACAACAGACCAAGGGUUUAAAGGAUAUGGCCUCACAUUUACUUUAGGAAGAGGAACAGAAAUUGUGGCACUAGCAUGUAAAUCUUUAUUUACAUUCGUAAAAGGUCUAACAACAACGGAAAUUUACUAUAACUUUGCCUCAUUUUGGAGAAAGUUAACAAGCGAUUCGCAGUUGAGAUGGAUCGGACCGGAAAAAGGUGUGAUACAUUUAGCAACCGCAGCUAUUGUAAACGCAUUGUGGGAUUUAUGGGCGCGCAUUGAAGAUAAACCAGUUUGGAAACUUCUUGCAGACAUGACACCCGAUGAGCUGAUUUCUGUUAUUGAUUUCAGAUACAUCGAGGAUUUAAUAACCCCAGAAGAGGCGAAGAUAAUACUUGAGCAAAAUCGAGAAAACAGAAAAUACAAAGAGAGUGAUCUAAAAAGAAGAGGAUAUCCCGCGUACACGACUGACGUCGCAUGGUUAGGCUACACCAACGAACAGGUUGAAGAGCUCUGCAGAAAAUAUUUACACGAAGGUUUCACAGGGUUCAAGAUAAAAGUCGGUCAGAAUCUCGAAAACGAUAUCGUAAGAUGCUCAAUAGUGCGUCGUGCGAUUGGUUACGGCAAUAAAUUGAUGGUAGAUGCGAAUCAAGUGUGGUGGAAUGUGAGUGAAGCGGUAGAAUGGAUGAAAAAGCUACAACCGUACAAACCUUAUUGGAUAGAAGAACCUACAUCUCCCGACGACAUUCUCGCACACGGUGAAAUUCGGCAAGAAUUACACGCUAUCAAUAUCAAAGUAGCUACCGGCGAGAUGUGCGCAAAUCGUGUUAUGUUCAAGCAAUUUAUGCUAUUUAAAGCAAUAGACGUUUGCCAAAUCGAUGCUGCAAGAGUUGGCGGAAUUAAUGAACUCUUGGCUAUAUACCUCAUGGCAUAUGUGAAAAAUAUACCCGUGUGUCCGCAUGCCGGUGGAGUAGGUUUGUGCGAGAUGGUCCAGCAUCUCCAAAUGUGGGAUUACAUCUGUUUAAGUCAAACACAAGAAGAGCGAAUGAUAGAAUACGUGAACCAACAGCAUUCACAGUUUGAAAAUCCAGUCAAAAUUGAGAAUGGUUAUUAUAUGCCGCCCUUAGAAGCAGGAUAUUCGACCAAGUUCAAAGAUGAUUCUAUCAAAGAUUACAUCUAUCCAGAUGGUGACUACUGGAAACAAAGAUUGAGCAAACAGGAAAUUAAAUAAAAAAUAUACAUGUUUACGAUAAGUAAAGAAAUGCAAAAUAAUAAUGAAUGAAAGAUCAAAAGAAACACUGAAAGAGGGAAAUAUCGAAGGUUCCGUGGUGUAGCGGUUAUCACUGAAAGAGGGAAAUAUAAAACAGGAAAUAUAUUAAAAGAUUAAGAGUUAUGGUUAUUUUCAUAGAUAAAUAAUAUAGCAUGUCUUUUGUAGAUAAAAAUGUUCUAUUUAAAAUGUAAUUUGUUAAGAGACAUUAAUUGAAUUGUAAAACAUGUAUACAUUGUGUUAUCUUUAAUAUAUAUAAAUAUAAAACAGUAAA